GCACUUCUUUUUUCUCUCCUUCACACAUUCAUAUAAAAAAAACUUACAAAAAUAAAAAUAUUCAUUAAUCAUGGGUUGUACAAGUUCGAAAAGAAUCAGUAAUCCGCCCAAAAUCAAUAGACCUCCCCAAGAACCAUAUACCUUACCUCAACAAGCGCUGCCACCUUCAACACUUCCUUCAGGAUGGAUCUCACAAUUUGACCCCAAUAAGCAGCGGUUAUACUAUGUUUACCCACAAACAGGACAUGUAACCUGGGCGCACCCAAAUGGGCCAGCUGCCGACGCUCAGGAGACGGCUCGUUUCCAUCAGAUUCAAGAGAUGCAGCGUCAACGUUAUGGCCAACAGUCUAACAGUCAGUCCAAUGGAUACAAUAGACCCUAUGUUGACUCAUACAACCGAAUGGGUGGUAUGGGUCCAGGCGCUGGUCUUGCUAUGGGCGCACUUGCAGGUGGAGCCACAGGAUUAUUGUUAGGAAAUAUGAUGGCCGGUGGAAUGCAUGGUGGUUAUGGAGGAGAUUACUAUGGAGGAGAUGUCAUCCCAGCCAUGGGCGAUGGAGGCUAUGGUGGUGGUGGGGACUUUUUCGGCAGUGGUGGUGGCGAUUUUGGUGGUGGAGAUUUCGGUGGUGGUGGAGAUUUUGGAGGUGGAGAUUUUGGUGGCGGUUUUUAAUAUGAGGCAUUCAUCAAGAUUCUUACCCAAGCAUGC